CCGGUGUCACAUAUUUCGGGUAGCAGCCAGGUGUGGAUGCGCUUUCUCAUAAGAGUCGGAGAAACAAGUUAAUUUUGGCAGAGCGAGGGAAUUGAAAGAAUUAAUGGAGCCCGUGGAGUUCCUCCUGCUACUGCUGCAGCUGAUAGCAGUGACUUCAGCAGCGAGCUAUCCAACGUUUCCGCUCCCUUCCACCUGCCCAAAAAGCUGUGGUAAUAUCAGCAUAGUGUACCCCUUCGGCGUCGGUGAUGGCUGCUUCCGUCCGGGCUUUGAACUCACAUGCAACCACACAACCUCUCCUCCUAAGCUUUUCUUGGGCGCCAGCAAUAUCGAAGUCAACAGGAGCAUUGAUGCUGUGGAUGGCCGGGUUUACAUCAAAGCUGCAGUCAUUACCAUGGGCAUCGACGUCGGUUCUUCCUACACUCCGUUGAUGAAUCUAGGGAAUGGACCUUACAAUUUCCUUUUGCUGGACGUGUAUAGCAUUCCCUACUCAUACUCGUUCGGGUAUCACACGCUUUCGGUCAUCGGCUGCAGCGCUUUGGCCUCCAUAGUGAAUCCCACCGACGGGAAGAUCAUGGGGCAAUGCUUGACACUAUGCCCUGGCAAUGGUACGAGCCAGAUCGAUGAAGUAUUUCUGACAGGUUAUGGCAUCGGUCACUGCGAGAACUUUGUAUCUCCAUGGAAUGGCCAGGGGAAUAAUCUGAGUAAGUCAUUAGGAAUUCGAUUAACGCGACUUAACCAGAGCGAGCUACAUUUGGUGAACGACUCCAGCAUCAAGGCCGUCAUGUCUUUCCAAUACUACACGAGAGAUGAACUCGAGGGGCUUAAUGGCGAUGUGGAGCUCCCCCUCGGGUGGUUCAUCAACGAUCGACCAUCCUGCGAAGAAGCACAGAAGAAGAAGGAGAGCUUCGCUUGUCUUAGCAGCAACAGCGAUUGCUAUGAUGCCUGGUCUUAUAACAAGUCUUCCGACACUGGAAUUGGAUAUAUCUGCAAAUGUUCCUCAAAUUUCCAUGGCAAUCCAUAUUUACCCGAUGGCUGCCAAGGCUCUUCUGUGACUCACCCUGCAACUAAUUGCGCGACAAAAUGUGGUGACAUCGAUGUGCCCUAUCCAUUUGGGCUCGAAGAAGGCUGCUACAGGGAUGAAUCGUUUGCUCUGACAUGCAACGACACAGCCACUCCACCCAUUCUCCUCCUCAAUUUCGGCUAUUCCCUGGCUCCUGUGAGUAACAUACUGUUGGAGCAAGGGCAAUUAUAACUCAGGAAAACCGAUGGCAACAUCUUCAUGAUCCCAUCUGACGCAGACAAGCCUUUCAUGUUCCUUAACGAAAGCGCCAUGUUUAGCUGGGUCAUCCAGUAUCAAUCCUGCGAGGAGGCGAUGCAGAACAGGACGACGUACGCGUGUCGCAGCGAUCAAAGCAUUUGUCUGAACGCAAACAUCACCAACUCUGUUGGCAUCCAUCUGGGAUAUCGCUGCAAAUGUACCGAUGGCUACGAAGGGAAUCCUUACGUUUCUGAUGGCUGUGAAGAUAUCGAUGAAUGCACGCGUCCAGAAAAACAUGUGUGCAAAGCGCAUUGUGUUAAUGGCAUUGGCAAUUACAGUUGCAUUUGUCCAGAAGGCACAUAUGGCGAUCCCAUACAUGGAUUGUGUAUUGCAGACAAAAAGCAAAUUCUUGUGCUUGGUAAAUGUCU